UGUCUGUCCAAUAUGCACAUCGCCCACCUUAGCACCCUCAUCGCCCUAGCCCUCAGCGUGUAUGGCACGCCUCUUUCCAUCCGAAAACCACACCAUCUCCCCAAGCGCCUCAUCGCACUUGAAGAGCAUGUUGUCUCGCCAUCGCUGGAGGCCGAGGUAGUCGCCGGAGGUAUCGUCCAGCGCUCUCCCGGCACCCUCGAGAAACUCAAGGACGUCGGUGCCGGUCGCAUCGCCGCCAUGGACGCCGGACACCUCUCCAUGCAGGUCCUCGCGCAGCAAUCUGCCUCUGGUCUGGAGGACCCCGAAGGAUGUCGCGAAGCAAAUGAUGCUGUUCGCGCCGCUAUCCGCACCAAUCCCAAGCGCUUUGCUGGCUUCGCGGUGCUUCCUAUUGUGACAAUGCUUGGACUCAAGGGCGCCAUGAUAUGGAACCAUCUCAAGGACCAGACGUACUACGACAAUGCACGCUUCGAUCCUGUCUUCGCCAUGGCGGAGAAGCUCGACGUACCGCUCUAUCUGCAUCCUGCUGCACCAGCCGCAGACAUUGCAGCAAAGCUAUUUGCUGGAAACUAUCCCGCUGCCGUGGCUGGUCGGCUUGGGACGAACUCGUGGGGCUGGCAUGUCGAUGUAGGGACGCAUGUCCUGCGCCUCUAUAGCGCGGGCUUGUUCGAUCGGUUCCCCAAGCUGAAGCUGAUCAUCGGCCACAACGGUGAAGGAUUACCAAUGUUCAUCGAUCGGAUCGACUCAACGGGCCUGCGUAAUGAUACGACGUUUGAUCGGGUUUGGAGCACGAAUAUCUGGAGCACGACGAGUGCAUUUUUCACUGUGAGACAAUUUCAGCAGCUGAGGCAGGUCAGCCCCGUGGAGAGGAUUAUGUAUUCCGUCGACUAUCCAUUCAGUACCAAUACGGAUGGGUGGGCGUUCGUGGAGAAGUUGGCGGAGGCAAAGGUUCUGAGUGACGAUGAGAUGGAUAUGUUUGCAUAUAAGAAUGCUGAGAGGUUGUUGAAGCUGUGAUCAAUGAGCCAACAAUACAAAUGGUGGAAAUUAAGUGCAAAAGGUGUGUCAAGUGAAUUCCAUACAGGUACAAGAGAUUAUG